AUGGGAAACGUUAUAAGCUCGCAAAAGCAUCGACAGCUGAAAGCUAAAAGUGUAGAAGAAGCAGGGUUUGAAAACUACACCGAGGUGUCCUCUUGUCACCUCGGUGGAUCCAUUGAGGUUGUCACGGAUGAAUCAUGUGGAGAUGCUGCCAACUUGCUCAAGAUGGAGAAAGCCAAUAGACAGCUCAAUUUGGACGAUUUCAAUGAAGCGACGGACGGUUGGUUGACGAAAAGACACGAAUCUGUUGGCAGUGUGACCAUUACACUAUGCAAUGAGAGCAAAAUUGCUGGAUUAGACAUUGAUACAACUGGAUACACUGAUUGCUGUCCUUCGUUUGCUAAUGUGGAAGGAUACCAGAGAUCCAGCAUGACUUGGCAAGUGAUACUAGCUGAAUCUCGCAUCAAUGCAGACAGCCACAACUUUUACGAUGUCAAGGAUUCCAAUGUAUACUCGAGUGUCAGAUUGAACAUUGCCCCUGGUGGUGGCGUCGCCCGUUUUCGAGUGUACGGUGAAUUAUCACCUGAUUGGUCAGACAGAUCCAAGGAUUACAAUCUAGCAUCUGCCAAGUUGGGCGCACGCAUUGUCCGUUGGACAGACCAACGCAGUGCCAACAAUCCCAAUAUUUUGCUUGACGGCGGCACUAAAAUGUCUGAUGGAUGGUUGACUCCGAGAUCAAAGCUUGAAAAGGAAAGGAAUGAUUUUGUUCUGGUUCAACUAGCCACUGCUGGUGCACUCGAGUCCAUCGUCAUAGAUACGACUGGAUUUGCCAAAAACUCCCCCGCCAAUGUGUUUAUCCAAGGCUGCUGCAGUGAAGAUGUGGAUCCACAUUAUGAUGUGUUUGCCUCUUGGGUUUGUCUAGUGCCCUUGAGCCCGGUCUUGGCUGGCGGCGAAACCACUUUUUACUUGAGCAAUGUCAAGGAUCCAAUCACUCACAUUCGCAUGCAUUUGAUCCCUGAUGGCGGUAUCCAGCAGAUCAAGGUCAUGGGUAAGCCAGCCGUGAAAGAAACAAAGCAGCAAUUGCUGAUUGAGCAAGCACCUGAAGUCAUUGUGAUUGAGCAAGACUCUGAAGAGGAUGAUGAUACCCUAUCCCUUAUUGUGGAAGAGAUACUUGAUACACCGGUCAUCGAGCAACUGAGCACUGUGAAACUGUGUGCUGUGAACCAGCCUCCAUCUUCUCCUACUUUUAGCAGAGGAGAAAAACGGGCUCGAAAGAGUGCGUCUACCAGUGUUUAA